CGCAACCACUACAGUGGCGGCGAACUUUGCUCCCAUAACGUUCAGGUAGCCAAGCUAUUAAGCUGGCACACUUGGUUGAUGAAUUCACUGUGAUGAUUUCACUUUUGUGUUUUCUUUUCCGAAUGUGUCUCUACCACGCUAGUCUCUCUGGCCUCCGGCUAAGUUACACAUGGUAUUACACCCGGGACGGGGUUCUGACGCGGGGUCCACGGUCUGGACUCUCGCUCCCGACUGCCCCGAAGCUUGUGUCUCCAAUAACCAGUACUACCCCAAGAAUGGGCUCCGUCGAAUGCAGCCACAGCCACGGAUUUUGCUUCUGCAUCCUGCGGGACGCCGACGGGUGAUGCCGCCCCGCCGAAUGGUCAGUCUUCGGGGGGUGGGACUCGCCACGAGACGCACCGG